GACACUGACAGCGGUUUUGCAACGGCGAACAUUUUUUACGAAACUAGUUUGAUAGUUGUCAAUUUUCGUCAUUCCUUUGCAGCACAACUAGGGUUAGGUUAGGGUCCGGGUUCCGGCUUCCGGCAUGGGAAGGAAACAGAAGGAGAAGGCGAAGGCGAAGUUCGAGUUCGAAGCUGAAGAAGAAUUAGAAGAAACGGCGUCGGUGCCCGUGAUCUCAUUGUGCAGCAGCGACGAUGAGGAGGCCAACGAAGACCUAAGUCUCGGAAUCGUCGAGAAAUCCUUGAUGUUGCGAGCUGCCAAGACGGCUCGAAACGGGGUGGUGUCAGACCUCCCCGACGACAGUGUUUGUUUCGGCUCCGGUGGUGUCAUUGAUCUCUCUUCAUCUUCUACUUCAGAAACUGCACUGGGGGUAGAUCCCGAGGGAAUCCCCGGUGAUGACGAUAUAGUCAUUGGCGUUAAUAAUAAGCAGAAAAGCAAGAAGGAAAGUCGGAAGAAAAAGAAGAAGAAGGCGAAGACAAUUGGAACGGAGGAAACAGUUGUUGCUUUGGAGGAAGCCAAGAAGGCUGAAGUUGGAAACAUAGAGUCGGCUAGCUUGGAGAAACCAGAUGCUGUGGUAUCUGACAAUAUUGUGCUCCGAAAGCUUCUUCGAGGACCAAGAUAUUUUGAUCCUCCAGAUAGUGGUUGGGGGGCUUGCUAUAACUGUGGCGAGGAAGGUCAUGUAGCAGUGAAUUGCACAGCAGCUAAGCGGAAGAAACCAUGUUUUAUUUGUGGAAGUUUAGAACACAAUGUGAAGACUUGCAAAAAGGGACAAGACUGCUUUAUUUGCAAAAGUGGCAGCCACCGUGCAAAAGAUUGUCCAGAAAGACUCAAAGGCAGCUUUUUGAGUUCAAAAAUAUGUUUAAAAUGUGGAGAUCUUGGGCAUGACAUGUUCUUGUGCAGGAAUGAUUAUUGCCCAGAUGAUCUUAAGGAAAUGCAGUGUUACAUUUGUAAGAGUUAUGGUCAUCUGUGCUGCAGCAAGUUUGCUGGUAAUGAUCCAAGAGAAGUUUCUUGUUAUCAAUGUGGCAUGUUGGGACAUACAGGUUUGGGAUGCACAAGGUCAAACAGAGAGAACAUGGGUGUGGGGUCUCUUAGCUCAUGCUACAGGUGUGGCGAAGAAGGUCAUUUUGCACGGGAAUGCACUAAGGCUGGCAAGAAAAAUCGAGAGUCAUCAACCCCAAGUAGGAAAUUCUCCAAAGAAGAUAGAGAAUACUUGGGAUUCAGGUCCGCACCUCAUGAUCUUGGCAAGCCUGUUAAGAAGAAAAGAAUCCGAUAUGAAGACAAGAGCAUUACAACAUCAACCUCACGUAAAGCAAAACGGAGGGGUGGCUGGAUUGCAGACGAUCCUGCAGACUUCUCACCUGAAAAAGUUAAAAGGAAGAGUUGGAGGUCUCCUGUAACACCAACUAAGAAAAAUCACCGAAUUUCCUCCUUAACUUCUGGCAAUUAUGGUUCAAGUUCGCCUACUUUCAGAACAACACGCAAGUUCACUCUUCAAACGUCAACUUCACAAGGAUCAGCAAAGGCUAGUCGACAUAAAUUUUCAGCUGCGAGGUUUAAUAAUUCUGGCGGUGACAGGAUAAGGAGAAACUAUGAUUGGUGGUAGAAACCUCAAUUCAUGUAAAAAUUAGUGCCAUAGGAGCCAACAGUUUUGGGAAGAAAUAGAUGCUUGGAGUCCUCCUGAGUGCCUUCAUGUUUUUCACUGGCGUAAGUAUCUCUCCCUUCAUUCAUGCUAAACUGCUUUCUUUUAGUUUCUGGAUGUGCAGGGCUUGAUUUUAUUCCUGUGAAAUGAAAAAAGCUUGUUUAUCAGGUUUAUUUAAGCUAAUUAAUAUGCUGUUUUGUGUUUUCCUCUGGUUUCGUCAGGCUUGAUAUAUUAUAUUACCUUUGAAAGACACCAGUCAUGCAUUUGUAUUGGUUUACAUUAAACUCAUUUGCUUUGUUUCUGGAUAUUCUUUUUGUUGGUGCCUAUCAUGUUUUGAUUUUACAUCUUGUCUAAUCUUUUUUUUAUUAUGGUUUCUAUUUUCAUAAAACGAAAAUAGAAUUCUUUCACUAUAUAUGAAAAAUAAAGAAUUUCUGUUUUGCCUUUUAACUGGUUAGUCAUACCUCUGUGCAUCAAACACACUGUCUAGAGCCCAAAGACACCUGUGUAGCAGAAGCUUUUAUAUGCAUGGGUAGGCUGGGAUCACAACAGGUUAUUUAGGAAACGCUGUUGUGUUCUAUGGAGAAACUAUAUGAAUAUGCUUCAAGGGAUAUUCUGUUUCAUUCAGUGUUUUUUUUUUUAGAGAGAGAGAGAGAGCAUUGAUGACUGGGGCAUAGCUGGAAGAGUGGAAGGUGGCUGUUGGCUAGAAUUUUUUUACUUUUUAUUUGCAAUCUAGUAAUCAGUUGGAUUACUUCAUUUUCUCUUUUUAGCCUUUUUUUUUUUUUUAAAAAAAAAAAUUGAUUUGUCCUACAUAUUCCUUGGAGAUUUGUUGUGUUCUGGUAUAAGAAUGGAAACGGGAUGCUUUGCUGUGUUUGGUAUGUGGUGUGAAGUGAGCAUGCUUAGUUUGCAAUUUUGUGUUGUUGGGAAACAAUCGUCAAAGUUACUCAUUGAAUUGUGUUUGUGAUGAUGCAAGUUGCAUGUGCAUAAAAUGAAUACUGUUUAAUUUGGAAAUUAAUUGUAGUGGAAACGAGAUAAAAUUUUAACAAAUAAAUAGAAGCAAAUUCGAAGGAGAAUGCCAGAAAAAAUGAGUGAAGAGAGUUCAAGCCUACUCUAAUAGUCAUCUACUUUAGUUUCCUGCAUUAGAAAGGAUUUCUGUCUGUUUCCAUAUAUUUUUACUUUUUGUUAUUUUGGUGUCUACACGUAAUUCAAUACCAUACCGGACGAUCUACUUAUCCCAGUCAAUUUUCUCCUUGCAAAAUCCUAGAUGGUGUAAAUAUUUGCCGUCUCUCAUCUUAGUUUAUUUAUUCAUUCAUUUUACCUUUCUACAUUGGUAACGUAACGUAUGUAAUCUCUUCAUGACGAUUAAUGGGCAUAUUUCGUGUGCAGUGCUCGGAAUCGGUUGCCUGGCGGCUGUAAGCACAAGAUCCAAGAUAACCCCUCGUUAGGGAGCUGUGGAAUUCUCAUAUGGCACUGUUGAAUGUUGAGCUUACCUCAAUGUUAAAAUAUUUUUUUAACUAUUUUUUUUAGAAUUAUUUUCUGAUGUUGUCUUGGUUUAAGGCUUUUACAUAUUGAGAAUGAUAAACGCCUUGAACCAUUCUUAUUUGGAUUCUUGGAUGUGUGAGUUCACUUUUUCUUGGUGAUUAUUUUGUAUCUUGGUAAUUUUUAUUUAUCUAGAGCCCCGCAUGUUUCUGAGAA